CUUCCGGCCCUGUUUUGUUCCGCUUCCCGAAGAAGACGGGCUGCUAUACACGUUCCUUGUGGGGUUGUAAGAGUGGAGGAUAUUCUGGCCCGCGGGUUCUUGCAUCUCGGAGUUGGGUAACCGCAGCCGCCUUUUAGAGGAAGUGCAGCGGGUUUCCCGCUUCUCAGAGCGGUCCUUUCUUUUCCUCUGGAGCGAAGGGAGAGUGCAGCCAUGACGGCCUCUGCUCAGCCCAAGAAAAUCGUGGCCCCGACAGUGUCCCAGAUCAACGCGGAGUUCGUGACUCAGCUAGCAUGUAAAUACUGGGCUCCUCACAUCAAGAAAAAAUCACCUUUUGAUAUAAAGGUAAUUGAAGAUAUAUAUGAGAAAGAGAUUGUCAAAUCAAGAUUUGCCAUCAGAAAGAUAAUGCUCUUGGAAUUCAGCCAGUAUCUUGAAAAUUAUCUCUGGAUGAAUUAUUCUCCAGAAGUGUCCAGCAAGGCCUAUUUAAUGUCAAUCUGCUGUAUGGUGAAUGAGAAGUUCAGAGAAAAUGUCCCAGCUUGGGAGACUUUUAAGAAGAAGCCAGACCACUUCCCAUUCUUUUUCAAGUGUAUAUUGAAAGCGGCAUUAGCUGAAACCGAUGGUGAAUUUUCACUCCAUGAACAGACAGUCUUACUGCUUUUUCUUGAUCAUUGCUUCAAUAGUUUGGAAGUAGACUUGAUACGGAGUCAGGUACAGCAGCUCAUCUCCCUUCCAAUGUGGAUGGGCUUACAGCCUGCACGAUUGGAAUUAGAAUUAAAAAAGACACCUAAACUAAGAAAAUUCUGGAACUUAAUUAAAAAGAAUGAUGAGAAGAUGGAUACAGAAGCAAGAGAACAAGCCUAUCAAGAAAGAAGAUUUCUUUCACAGCUCAUCCAGAAGUUUAUCUCUGUACUGAAGUCAGUCCCGCUUUCUGAACCUGUCACUAUGGACAAAGUUCAUUACUGUGAAAGAUUCAUUGAACUUAUGAUUGAUCUAGAGGCCCUCCUCCCCACAAGGCGCUGGUUUAAUACCAUCCUGGAUGACUCCCACCUUUUGGUUCACUGUUACCUUUCCAAUCUUGUUCAUAGGGAAGAGGAUGGCCAUCUUUUUUCCCAGCUUUUGGACAUGCUUAAGUUCUAUACUGGUUUUGAGAUUAACGACCAGACUGGAAAUGCUCUGACGGAGAAUGAGAUGACUACUAUUCACUAUGAUAGAAUUACUUCUCUGCAGAGAGCUGCUUUUGCACAUUUCCCUGAACUGUAUGAUUUUGCCCUCUCAAAUGUGGCGGAAGUAGAUACUCGGGAAUCCUUGGUCAAGUGUUUUGGACCUCUUAGUUCAAAUACACUCCACGAGGUGGCAUCGUACCUCUGUUUGUUACCCACUCUUCCUAAAGGUGAAGACACAACUUUUGAUAAAGAAUUUCUUUUAGAAUUACUGGUGUCUCGUCAUGAACGCCGAAUUUCUCAGAUUCAGCAGUUGAACCAAAUGCCUUUAUAUCCAACUGAGAAAAUUAUAUGGGAUGAAAAUAUUGUCCCAACCGAGUACUAUUCUGGAGAAGGUUGUCUUGCUCUUCCAAAGUUGAAUUUGCAGUUUUUGACUCUUCAUGAUUACCUUCUAAGGAACUUUAAUCUCUUCCGCUUGGAAUCAACUUACGAAAUUAGGCAGGACAUCGAGGAUAGUGUCAGCAGAAUGAAGCCAUGGCAGUCUGAGUACGGCGGUGUAGUAUUUGGUGGUUGGGCGCGAAUGGCCCAGCCUAUUGUGGCUUUCACUGUGGUUGAGGUUGCCAAACCCAACAUAGGUGAAAACUGGCCAACCAGAGUUCGUGCAGAUGUUACCAUCAACCUGAACGUCAGGGAUCACAUCAAAGAUGAAUGGGAAGGACUUCGGAAGCAUGAUGUAUGCUUUUUAAUUACUGUGCGUCCCACAAAACCUUAUGGUACCAAAUUUGACCGCAGGAGACCUUUUAUAGAGCAAGUUGGCCUGGUUUAUGUCAGAGGCUGUGAAAUCCAGGGCAUGCUGGAUGAUAAAGGGCGUGUCAUUGAAGACGGACCUGAACCCAGACCCAAUCUUAGAGGAGAGUCAAGGACAUUUAGAGUGUUUCUGGAUCCGAACCAGUAUCAACAAGACAUGACCAGUACUAUACAGAAUGGAGCAGAAGAUGUGUAUGAAACUUUCAACAUAAUAAUGAGGAGAAAACCAAAGGAAAAUAACUUCAAGGCUGUGCUGGAGACCAUUCGGAACCUGAUGAAUACUGAUUGUGUGGUACCUGACUGGCUACAUGACAUCAUUUUAGGUUAUGGGGAUCCAAGCAGUGCGCAUUAUUCAAAAAUGCCCAAUCAGAUCGCCACCCUUGAUUUCAAUGAUACAUUUCUCUCCAUUGAGCAUUUAAAAACCAGCUUUCCUGGUCAUAAUGUUAAAGUAACUGUGGAUGACCCAGCUCUCCAGAUACCCCCUUUCAGGAUAACUUUCCCAGUAAGAAGCGGCAAAGGGAAGAAAAGGAAAGAUGCGGAGGGGGAAGAUGAAGACAGUGAAGAGGCAAGAACCUUAAUUGUUGAACCUCACGUUAUCCCUAAUAGAGGUCCUUAUCCGUACAACCAACCCAAACGUAAUACGAUUCAGUUCACUCAUACACAGAUAGAGGCCAUCCGUGCUGGAAUGCAGCCCGGGCUAACUAUGGUUGUGGGCCCACCAGGUACAGGAAAAACAGAUGUGGCAGUCCAAAUCAUAUCCAACAUCUACCACAACUUCCCAGAGCAGAGGACUCUGAUUGUUACUCAUUCCAAUCAGGCCCUGAACCAGUUGUUUGAGAAAAUCAUGGCUUUAGACAUUGAUGAGCGCCACCUCCUACGUCUUGGUCAUGGAGAAGAAGAGCUGGAGACAGAGAAAGAUUUCAGCAGGUAUGGAAGAGUUAAUUACGUCCUCGCUCGAAGAAUAGAACUUUUAGAAGAAGUGAAACGAUUGCAGAAGAGUCUGGGGGUUCCAGGAGAUGCUUCAUAUACUUGUGAAACUGCAGGCUAUUUCUUCUUGUAUCAGGUAAUGUCUCGUUGGGAAGAGUAUAUCAGCAAAGUGAAAAACAAAGGUAGCACGUUGCCGGAUGUCACGGAAAUCUCCACGUUCUUCCCUUUCCAUGAAUACUUUGCAAAUGCUCCUCAACCCAUUUUUAAAGGCCGAUCUUAUGAAGAAGACAUGGAAAUUGCAGAAGGAUGUUUCAGGCAUAUUAAGAAAAUCUUUACUCAGCUUGAGGAAUUUAGAGCUUCUGAACUGCUUCGAAGUGGACUAGACAGAUCUAAGUACCUUUUGGUAAAAGAAGCCAAAAUCAUUGCUAUGACCUGUACUCAUGCUGCCUUAAAACGACAUGAUUUAGUCAAGUUAGGUUUCAAGUAUGAUAAUAUUUUAAUGGAAGAGGCUGCUCAGAUUCUGGAGAUAGAAACUUUUAUACCUCUUCUUCUGCAGAAUCCUCAGGAUGGUUUUAGCCGACUAAAACGAUGGAUUAUGAUUGGUGACCAUCACCAGUUACCUCCAGUCAUUAAGAACAUGGCCUUUCAGAAGUAUUCAAACAUGGAGCAGUCUCUCUUCACUCGCUUUGUUCGGGUUGGAGUUCCUACCGUGGACCUCGAUGCCCAGGGGAGGGCCAGAGCAAGUUUGUGCAACCUCUACAACUGGCGAUACAAGAACCUAGGAAACCUACCCCACGUGCAGCUCUUGCCAGAGUUCAGCACAGCAAAUGCUGGCUUGCUGUACGACUUCCAGCUCAUUAAUGUUGAAGACUUUCAGGGAGUCGGAGAAUCUGAACCUAAUCCUUACUUUUAUCAGAAUCUUGGAGAGGCAGAAUAUGUAGUGGCACUUUUUAUGUACAUGUGUUUACUUGGUUACCCUGCUGACAAGAUCAGUAUUCUAACAACAUACAACGGGCAAAAGCAUCUUAUUCGUGACAUCAUCAAUAGACGCUGUGGGAGCAAUCCAUUGAUUGGAAGACCGAAUAAGGUGACAACUGUUGACAGAUUUCAAGGUCAACAGAAUGAUUAUAUUCUUCUUUCUCUGGUACGAACCAGGGCAGUGGGCCAUCUGAGGGAUGUCCGUCGCUUAGUGGUGGCCAUGUCUAGAGCCAGACUUGGACUUUAUAUCUUCGCCAGAGUGUCCCUCUUCCAAAACUGUUUUGAACUGACUCCAGCCUUCAGCCAGCUCACGGCCCGCCCACUUCAUUUGCAUAUAAUUCCAACAGAACCUUUCCCAACCAGUAGAAAGAAUGGAGAGAGACCAUCUCAUGAAGUACAGAUAAUAAAGAAUAUGCCCCAGAUGGCAAACUUCGUAUACAACAUGUACAUGCAUUUGAUACAGACCACACAUCAUUAUCAUCAGACUUUAUUACAGCUACCACCUGCUAUGGUAGAAGAAGGUGAAGAAGUUCAAAGUCAGGAGACAGAAUUGGAAACAGAAGAAGAGGCCAUGCCUGCUCAAGCUGACGUCACACCUGGUCUAACAGACGCCAGCUCCAGUCAAGAGACCUCAGCCUCUCAGACUGAGACCACUGUCACCCUCCAUGAGACUGAGGCCACCCCCAGUGAGACAGGAGCCAGUUCCAGUCCAGAGGCUGUCCCUGCCGUCUCCGAGAUGACUGCUGCCAUGGCAGGACCUGUAGGUGUGCCAGGGGAGAGUAACACCCCUCAGGAGGCCACAUCUGCCCCCAGAGAACCCAAGUAGCCAAACCGUAGCCCUGCUUAGGGAGGACAUUGCAUUUAUAAAGUCUAGGUAAAGUUACUUUUUAUAUUUUACACGUGCAUCUGCCAUUUUAAUGAUACUAACAGAUAUUCCAUCCUUAAUUUUGUUGGUUGAUCUCAGUGUUCGUGUUCUUGGAUAUAUUUUUUAAAGUGUAUAUGUAUGAACAACUCCAAUUUUAUUUGUUCAGUCAGAAGAGUAAUUAACCAUUCCUUUUGAUAUUCUGAUCAUUAACUAUCUGUAAUCAUACCUACAAUUAAAAGAAUUUUCUACAGAAUAAUAGUUCACAUUUUUAGUGAACUUUUCUAAAGAAAAUACACAAAUAUUUACAGGAAUUAACUAUAAAUGGCUUUAAGCCAAGUGUCCAAAUUGAGAAGGAAAUCAUUUCUUCUGUCACAGUAUAAGAUGCUCAAAUCAUGUUUCUUUUUAUCCCUCCUUCCUUUGCUGUCUUCCUUGGUAGAGAGGCUUUAACACCAUAGGAUAUAGGUUGUUCCAAUGUGAAGUGGUUACAUGCAUUUUGUCCCCCCAGAUCUCAGAAUGUGUUAGAGUCACCUAGAAAGUCUGUUUAUUCUUGGGGCCACUCCAGACCUAAUGAGUCAGAAUCUCUGGAUCAGAGCCCAGGAACCUGCAUUUUUGCAGGUGCUACACCAUUACUGUUUGAGUUGCUGGCCAAGUGGCAUCAGAUAAGGCUGGUUUGGCUGAGUCAAGAUUCGUCAUUCAGCUAGGCAAGAGGAAUCUGGCAGAUCCACCUGCGCGGGAACAAAGAUCUGGAGUCUGGGCAGUGAGAAUCAGCAAGCUUAAUUAACUCCCAUGUGCAGAAUGGAUUUCUUCCAAUGCAGAGGGUCAGAGUUUUCCACCCUGUUCUCUUAAAAGACAGCUAGCCACAAGAAGACCUUAGUUUGGUAAAAUGUGCUCCAGAUUUGGGAUGGCAGUGGUACUAGGACCUUGCUACUCAAGGUGGUUUGCAGGUCAGCAUCAGCGUCAUUGCAUUGAAACUUGUUAGAAACGCAGAAGUUUGGGCUCUACCCCAGACCUGUUCAAUCGGAAUCUGCAUUUCAGCAAAGUCCCCAGGUGAUUCAUAUGUACUUUGUAGUUUGAAAAACACUAUGAUUACUGUGCUGUCCUCACAUGAACGAGAGGUCAAGUGACGAUUCUGUGACGGUAGAGUUAACAGUGAGUGAGACUGAUGUUUUCUGACAAGGGCCCUCUGCUUAUAUGGUGACCAGAGAAGAGAUGCGCAUGUGUGUGCAGGUGGGGGGACUGCCCGCUCGCUCUCUCUUCCCCGUUCCCACACUGCUAGAGUGGCCGAGGGGAGUGUUUCCCCAGUGUCUCCUCUAGUGCAUCUACCUCUAGGCUUGACCGUGUCCAACGAACCUUUGAAGAAUUAAGCGAGCACCGCAUGCUGCCAGUGAAAUGCUUCUGGUCUUGACAUUUUGAAGGAAUGAUGAAUUCAUAAGGAAAUUAAAGUCAGUGAUAUUUUUGAGUGGCUACUGUUUGCUUAACUUUACCAGGCCGUGCUGGGUAUGAUCAGACUCUCAUCUUACAGUGUGUCCUGCUGCAUCAGAACACAUGUGUAAAUGUUGUGUGAGGAAAGGGAAAACGAAAGUGAUGGGAUGAAAACAGGGGGAGGGAAAUGCCAAGGAAAGCAACCCAGGAGAGCUAUGUCUGUCAUCUAAGUCAGGAUGGAGCCAAACAGUCUGUUACAUAAUUUCUCUGAUUAUAAGAAUUUGAAAGCAGGUGUUGUGGGCAUCUGUAUGAGACUAGCACUCAAAGAGUUAUUUUCAUUUGUAAAUAUAUAUAGGCUAAGCAAGAGGGAAAGAAGCUUUGCCGUAUUACUGUCUUUCCUGGAAAAGAUUGGUUUUUCUGUCUGCCCUUGAGAGGAGAUGAAUCAUGAUACCUGCAACCAAAAUAAGCAAACUGUUGUGCUGCUUUCUCCUCAAAUAAACUGUUUUUCCUAACGCUGUGUCUAGCUGGGUGACCAUACUGGGUUUUUUUCUUUCCUGCUUGAUUCUCUAUCACACGAAAAAAUUUAACUGGAAGAUGAGUACGUCCUUUGCCUUUGUCAAAUUAAAAAACGGAUGAUGAAAGUGGAACUUGAAUUAUUUUAAAUUGUUUAUUCACUGGACGAAAGACCCGUGAGCUGCAGUUGACUAUAGAAUUGUGGAAUUUUUUAAGGAACUUAAGAGAUCUAUUCUUUUUUUUUUUAAGAGCUCUGUUCUUAUUUUAAAUAAUGAGGAAACCAAAUCAGAGAGUCUUAACCAGGGUGGCAACUAUGGGAGAGUGGGGUAGAAUCCAAUCUACAGUCUUAGGGCAGUUUUUUGCUUUUUUGCUUUUUUUUAAUCAACUUCACGUAAGUGGAUUGCUUCAUAAACUCAAGGGUUUUCUAUGUAAUUUGGGUUAACUAUAGACACAGGUUUUCUAGCCAGGUGACCAUUAAAGAUUAGUGUUCUCAUUGCUCUCCAUCUUAUUUUUUCAUAUCUGAAUAGGUCAUGAUUUUCGAGUUUAUUUUUAAAAGCAAACCAAAAAGAUGCAUGCCAAGAGAAAGAGCAUGAAAUUAAGCAAUUCAAAUAUUUAGACUUUUUUUUUUCCACAAAAUGCUGAGUUAAGAAAGUUCACUACCAGCAGUUGGGAAUAAAUAGCUCCAUUGAUUUGAGCAAGUGAAUGAGAAGAUCUAAAUAUUAUCAGGUCUCUUGAAGUUAGCGUGAUGAUAAAAGUUGAGAUGUUUUGCUAGAUACUGAAAGAAAUGGUAUAAAUGGGCCAUUUGUACUCCUAUAAAAAAUGAAGUUUGUUAUGAUUAAGAGACAGCAUGAUAUUGUACAACCGACUUUGGACUCAUCCAGGCCUGACUCAGAUUCUACCUGAUGUACACAUCAGCAUUUGGUUUGACCUUGGACAAGUAUUAUAACAUCUCUAAGUCCCAGUUUUAUCUACAAAAUGGGGGAAAGAUCUGUUGCUUGUUAAUGGGGUAAUGUUUAUGAAAAUAUCUGGCACCUGGAUGCUCAGUAAAUACCAGUCCUCCUCGCACCUUUCUUCCCCAAAUCUUUCGAGACAGCGUAGGCUGUUGCCAACCCGUCCUCUGACUUGGGCACUUAGCUCUGCCCCUAACCAGGAAGCAUGAAGGAUGAUGAAGAGAGGGACACAUGGUAGCAGCUGACCUUUGAGGAUCAAGGAUCAAAUCUACUGAUUGGUAAAUCAGUCCAUGGCAACACUGAGAAUGGUCUCUGCUGAAAUUAAAACUCUGGCAGAACAGAAUGACCAGAUGAAGACACUAGGAAGAAGAAGACCUUAUCACUGGACACAGAGAUGGCACUGAAAUGAGUCUGCAUAAACAAACCUUACUAAAAUCACCCUUAUCCUCCAUCAAUUUCCCCAUCUUUUUGCUUUCCCACAAUUUACAACUCCUAAAAGCCAAACUCCCUUUCCUUUGCCUACUUACUUUUCCAUAAUUUAUUACCCUUUGUUAAAAUGGUAUAUACAUUUUCAAGACAAACUGCUUUUUGGAGAAUUCUUACUUCUUUUCUGUGUAACCCCUAUGGAAGUAAAGUUAAAAACAGCAAUUAAGUUGUAUACUUUUUCUCCUAUUAAUCUGUCUUUUGUCAGUUUAAUUCACGGGGCCUAGGUACAGAACUAAAGGAGGUAGAAGAAAAGUUUUCCCUUGCCUCUAAAUAAGGCUUUAAUACAUUGUUUUUCUGUAAGUAACCAGAGGUUGAAGUAACAUAGCUGAAGAAGAAUCCAGAGGUGACGUGACUCGAAUAAAAUGUCAUGUUAUAGUGUAAUUUGUUGAGUGUCAUGUGGUAUUAAUAGCAACAUCAGAAAAUGCAAAUGAGUAAAAGUUUGAUCAAUGUACCAUGACAUUCGUUCAUGUGAGCCUUCUAAGAAAAGGUCACUGAGCAUCCUCUGUUUACAUUUUAAUUUUAGACUCCAGCAUUUCACACUCAUUUCUUACUAUGCAGUAAAAGAACAGUCCAUAUUUCCAGUGUGCCUUGUUUUCUCAAUUCUUUAAAUUUUUUUUUAAAUCUAAGUUUCAAAAAGGGAAAAGAUUUAGCAUGGCCAACAGGGGUGGACCGGAAAUAAUAGGGGAAAAUUUAAGCAAAUAUUAAAAAAAUGAAGAAAAUUUUAUUUCAGAAGAAUGUAUGAGAUAGAGGGCCCCAAAAGUUACCUUGCAUCAGACAUGUUGAAUUCUGUCUUGGUGAAUCUCCAGAGAUGGCUGUCCUCACCAUCCCCCUUUUUCUCUCCAUCUUUGACUAACGUUGUAUGCUCACCUGACACCUCUUCUUGCAGUAAAUCUAAGUACAAAAACCUCAAAGGCAGUUGCUUCUCCUUGGGAGAGGCCUGGUUCAUGUGAGUCUACUAAGUCAAUAGCUCUUUUGAGAAACGAUUUUAUUGACAUUCUUCAAAAAGUCGAGAGUUCUUGAUAGGAAGUGGUCUUAUAAGAAAUUAUCUUUUUCUACUCUAGUUCAUUUGCUCAUUUUGAGGGAGGUUUUCUUCUGGUUUUUAGUUAAAUUGUUUACAAUAAAUGUGGCUACUGUAUCACUGUAUUUCCAUUACCCUUUCCUUCUAGUAUCACCUUCCAGGGCGAGUUUCUUCUAAUCCCAGACUUCCCCCAAAAUAGUAGUGGAACAAGAAUAGACCUGCUGAAUUGGCAUUUUAUUUUGCUGGUCGACUACUUUUCACAGGAGUCAAUUGAAUUGAAUAUAGUAAAAAGUUGGAAGAUAUAUUUGAAACUAUCCAACUCUUAUGCACUCAUAGACUACUGAGUACCUAAUGUGUGACAGGCAACAAUGCCGAUAAAUAAUCCCAUUAGUUCAUAGAUGAGAACACAGAGGCAUUGGGUGACUUGCCUAACUGACACUACAGUUAGUUGAAUUGGGACCAGAACCACCAUCUGACAUUCAGGCAAACCCCUUACCUCGCUGUGAUAAGUUUUUUAGAGGUUGCCGUUGCACCUCUUGGUCUGGUUGGAUUCAUUAAAUAAAUGGGCUCAUCUGAGCAAGUGGAGACCGUGUUUCCUCCACAGAAAUACCGCCCUAGCUUUGGUGGAAAGAGUCAUAAAUGUCAGCUGUCAUUGAUACUUCAGAAAUUAAAUUGGGUCAAGUGGUUCUCUUAAAUUGGCAUAGAGCUAUUAACAUUGGGCAUGGGUAGUUUUGCCUGGUUUUGACCUACAGAGAAAUGGAAUCAUACAAAAUGUACUUUUUGGUGUCUGCCUUCUCAAAUAAAUUUCUCUGUAUGACAUGAGGGAGGGAUCAAGAUGAACUCUUAUUAAAAGAUGAUUCUUUCCCUCGGUGCACUGUACUGUAAUCUUUGUCAUAAAUCAAGUAAUUGUGUAUGUGUGGGUCUAUUUCUGGAAUUGUUUCAUUGGUGUAUUUUUCUUUUCUUGUGCCUCGUUUUGCUAUUUUAAUUCCUAUAGCUUUAUACUAAAUCUGACAUCUGGUUGUGUAUAUCCUUUAGCUAUAUUCUUCACAUUUUGGCCAUUCUUAAUCUUUGUAUAAAUUUUAGAAUCAUCUUGUCAAUUCUACAAAAAAAAA